CUUACUGGUAAACAAUAUGCACGCGCACGCACACACACACGUACAGACACAGACUCGUGACUUCCUGUAAGAAUCGGCGGGUAAAAGUGAAACUGAAAGUUCAGACUCCAUUUUGAAUCGACGGAGCAGAAGGAGGGAAGCUGAAGUCUGAGGCAGACUGACUGAAGUCCAGAAGAUGAAUGAUGUGGAGGAAGACGAGGACGGAGCAGAGUCUCCAGUCCCCAGCUGUUGGUCUAUGAAGAGUGACCGGUCCAAAGAAGAACCUCUAAACUUCAGGAAUGAACCUGGACCUUCACACACACAAGGUGAGUCCUACAGACAGAGAGCAGAGUCUCCAGUCCCCAGCUGUUGGUCUGUGAAGAGUGACUGGUCCAAAGAUGAACCUCUAAACUUCAGUAAUGAACUUGGACCUUCACACACACAAGGUGAGUCCUACAGACAGAGAGCAGAGUCUCCAGUCCCCAGCUGUUGGUCUAUGAAGAGUGACCGGUCCAAAGAAGAACCUCUAAACUUCAGUAAUGAACCUGGACCUUCACACACACAGCUGAAGAGGAGGAGCCAUGUCUCUGUGUCCAGCUGUGCUCUGUGUCAGGACGUCCUGAAGGAUCCAGUCUCUACCAGCUGUGGACACUGGUUCUGCAGACAGUGCUUCACCUCAUACUGGGACCAGUCUGGUUCUUCAGGAGACUCCUCCUGUCCCCAGUGUGGAAAAAGACCCAGAACAAGACCUGGACUGCAGACAGCCAGUCAGACCAGCACUGAACAAACAGAUAGUGGUCUGCAGGAGGUUUUACAUCAACAUAAGAUCAGUCUGAGGAGCAGAUGUGAACAUGUGACUGAAGGAACUGAUGGAACAGGAAGUGGAACCCUCCUCAACAGGAUCUACACUGAGCUCCACAUCACAGAGGGACAGAGUGAAGAGGUUAAUACCCAACAUGAGGUGAGGCAGCUGGAGACAACUUCCGAGAAGAAGACCCUCCAUGACACUCCAAUCAGGUGCCACGACAUCUUUAAAGCCUUACCUGACCAGCAGAGACGCCGCAUCUCUAAAGUCUCACCUGACCAACAGAGACCCAUCAGAGUGGUUCUGACCAACGGCGUCGCUGGCGUUGGAAAAACCUUCUCGGUGCAGAAGUUCUGUCUGGACUGGGCAGAGGGCUUGGAGAACCAAGAUGUCAGUCUGCUGGUUCUGCUUUCGUUCAGGGAGCUGAACCUGAUCAGAGAUCAGCAGUACAGUCUUCUCAGGCUGCUCCAUGUUUUCCAUCCAACAUUACAGAAGGUCACAGCAGAGCAGCUCGCUGUCUGUAAAGUUCUGUUCAUCUUUGACGGCCUGGAUGAAAGCAGACUGUCACUGGAUUUCAACAACAGGAAGUCUGUGUCUGAUGUCACACAGGAGUCAUCAGUCAACGUGCUGCUGACAAACCUCAUCAGGGGGAAUCUGCUUCCCUCGGCUCUCGUCUGGAUAACUUCCAGACCUGCGGCGGCCAAUCAGAUCCCUCCUACAUGUGUGGACAGGGUAACAGAAGUACGAGGCUUCACUGACGCCCAGAAGGAGGAGUACUUCAGGAGGAGAUCCAGUGAUGAAGAGCUGUCCAGCAGAAUCAUCUCACACAUCAAGACGUCCAGGAGCCUCCACAUCAUGUGUCAAGUCCCAGUCUUCUGCUGGAUCACUGCUACAGUUCUGGAGCACAUGUUGACCACAGACCAGAGAGGAGAGCUGCCCCAGACCCUGACUGACCUGUUCUCACACUUCCUGCUGGUUCAGACACAGAGGAAGAAGAACAAGUACCAUGAGGGACGUGAGACGAGUCCACAGGAGCUGACGGAGGUUGACGGGGAAGUUCUUCUGAAGCUGGGGAGGCUGGCGUUUGAACAUCUGGAGAAAGGAAACAUCAUGUUCUACCAAGAAGACCUGGAGCAGUGUGGUCUUGAUGUCACAGAGGCCUCGGUGUACUCAGGACUUUGUACUGAGAUCUUCAGAAGAGAGAGUGUGAUCUUCCAGAAAACAGUCUACUGCUUUGUUCAUCUGAGCGUUCAGGAGUUUCUGGCUGCAGUCUACAUGUUCCACUGUUACACCAACAGGAAGACAGAGGUCCUGAAGAACUUCCUGGGGAAAAAACAUGUUGAUUUAACCCUGGAUGACUUCCUGUGGGCAGCCAUGGACAAAUCCCUCAAAAGCAGAAAUGGUCACCUGGACCUGUUUGUUCGCUUCCUUCAUGGCCUCUCUCUGGAGUCCAACCAGAGACUCUUAGGAGGUCUGCUGGGUCAGACAGAGAACGGUCCAGAAACCAUCCAGAGAGCCAUCAACAACCUGAAAAAGAAGAGGAAAAAAACCUCUCCUGACAGAAGCAUCAACAUCUUCCACUGUCUGACGGAGAUGAAGGAUCACUCAGUUCAUCAGGAGAUCCAAGAGUUCCUGAAGUCAGAGAACAGAUCAAAGAAGAAACUCUCUGUGAUCCAGUGCUCAGCUCUGGCCUACAUGCUGCAGAUGUCAGAGGAGGUUCUGGAUGAGUUGGACCUGAAGGAGUUCAACACAUCAGAGGAGGGACGACGGAGACUGAUCCCAGCUGUGAGGAACUGCAGGAAGGCUCGGUUUGCUGGUUGUGGACUCUCAGAGACUCACUGUGAAGUCGUGGCCUCAGCUCUGAAGUCCAACCCCUCCCACCUGAGACACCUGGACCUGAGUGACAACCCUAACCUACAGGAUUCAGGAGUGAGGAUCCUGUCUGCUGGACUGGAGAGUCCAAACUGUGGACUGGAGACUCUGAGGUUGAUCAGCUGCUGGUUGUCAGAGAUCAGCUGUUCUUCUCUGACCUCAGCUCUGAAGUCCAACCCCUCCCACCUGAGAGAACUGGACCUGAGUCAGAACUACAACCUGCAGGAUCCAGGUGUGAAGCAGCUGUGUGGUUUUCUGGAGAGUCCAGACUGUGGACUGGAGACUCUGAGGUUUGCUGGUUGUGGACUCUCAGAGACUCACUGUGAAGUCGUGGCCUCAGCUCUGAAGUCCAACCCCUCCCACCUGAGACACCUGGACCUGAGUGACAACCCUAACCUACAGGAUUCAGGAGUGAGGAUCCUGUCUGCUGGACUGGAGAGUCCAAACUGUGGACUGGAGACUCUGAGGUUGAGUCGCUGCAGGUUGUCAGAGAUCAGCUGUUCUUCUCUGACCUCAGCUCUGAAGUCCAACCCCUCCCACCUGAGACACCUGGACCUGAGUCACAGCGACCUGAUGGAUCCAGAUAUGAAGCAGCUGUGUGGUUUUCUGGAGAGUCCAGACUGUGGACUGGAGACUCUGAGGUUGAGUUGCUGCAGGUUGUCAGAGAUCAGCUGUUCUUCUCUGACCUCAGCUCUGAAGUCCAACCCCUCCCACCUGAGAGAACUGGACCUGAAUGAAAACUUCCUGCAGGAUCCAGGUGUGAAGCAGCUGUGUGGUUUUCUGGAGAGUCCAGACUGUCGACUGGAGACUCUGAGGUUGAAGAGCUGCUGGUUGACAGAGAUCAGCUGUUCUUCUCUGGCCUCAGCUAUGAAGUCCAACCCCUCCCACCUGAGAGAACUGGACCUGAGUGACAACAACCUGCAGGAUCCAGAUGUGAAGCAGCUGCGUGACCUUGUGGAGAGUCCAGACUGUAGACUGGAGACUCUGAGAUGGAAGAACUCUAGUUUGUCAGAGAUCAGCUGUUCUUCUCCGGCCUCAGCUCUGAAGUCCAACCCCUCCCACCUGAGAGAACUGGACCUGAGUCAGAACAACCUGAAGGAUCCAGAUGUGAAGCAGCUGUGGUAUUUUCUGAAGAGUCCAGACUGUGGACUGGAGACUCUGAGGUUGAGUGGCUGCAGUUUGUCAGAGAUCAGCUGUUCUUCUCUGGCCUCAGCUCUGAAGUCCAACCCCUCCCACCUGAGACACCUGGACCUGAGUCAGAACUACAACCUGAAGGAUCCAGGUGUGAAGCAGCUGUGUGGUUUUCUGGAGAGUCCAGACUGUGGACUGGAGACUCUGAGGUUGAGGUCCUGCAGUUUGUCAGAGAUCAGCUGUUCUUCUCUGGCCUCAGCUCUGAAGUCCAACCCCUCCCACCUGAGACACCUGGACCUGAGUCAGAACUACAACCUGAAGGAUCCAGGUGUGAAGCAGCUGUGUGGUUUUCUGGAGAGUCCAGACUGUGGACUGGAGACUCUGAGGUUGAGUGGCUGCAGUUUGUCAGAGAUCAGCUGUUCUUCUCUGGCCUCAGCUCUGAAGUCCAACCCCUCCCACCUGAGAGAACUGGACCUGAGAGGAAACAACCUGAAGGAUCCAGGUGUGAAGCAGCUGUGUGGUUUUCUGGAGAGUCCAGACUGUGGACUGGAGACUCUGAGGUUGAGGGGCUGCAGGUUGUCAGAGAUCAGCUGUUCUUCUCUGGCCUCAGCUCUGAAGUCCAACCCCUCCCACCUGAGACACCUGGACCUGAGUGUCAAUGACCUGAAGGAUCCAGAUGUGAAGCAGCUGUGUGGUUUUCUGGAGAGUCCAGACUGUGGACUGGAGACUCUGAGGUUGAGUCGCUGCAGUUUGUCAGAGAUCAGCUGUUCUUCUCUGACCUCAGCUCUGAAGUCCAACCCCUCCCACCUGAGAGAACUGGACCUGAGCUACAACGACCUGAAGGAUCCAGGUGUGAAGCAGCUGUGUGGUUUUCUGGAGAGUCCAGACUGUGGACUGGAGACUCUGAGGUUGAGUUGCUGCAGUUUGUCAGAGAUCAGCUGUUCUUCUCUGACCUCAGCUCUGAAGUCCAACCCCUCCCACCUGAGACACCUGGACCUGAGCUACAACGACCUGAAGGAUCCAGAUGUGAAGCAGCUGUGUGGUUUUCUAGAGAGUCCAGACUGUGGACUGGAGACUCUGAGGUUGAGGUUCUGCAGGUUGUCAGAGAUCAGCUGGUCUUCUCUGGCCUCAGCUCUGAAGUCCAACCCCUCCCACCUGAGAGAACUGGACCUGAGUGACAACAACCUGAAGGAUCCAGAUGUGAAGCAGCUGUGUGAUCUUCAGGAGAGUCCAGACUGUCGACUGGAGACUCUGAGAUGGAAGUGGUGAUCCUCCUAAAGAUCUGACGGAGGAAUCAGAAGAAGUGGAGAUGACUCUCAGUGCUGCAGUCUGAACUGAUCUGAGAACAGCUCCACCAUCAUCCCUGUGACUCCUCCACCUUCCACCUGCACCAGAGUCUCAGUCUCAGGAGGUUUCGGUUCUGCUUCUUCCUCUGGAUCACCUCCAGUCGAGGCUGGUUUGGGAAGACUUCUAAAAAUCUUCAACAGUUUUUGUGUUUAAUAUUUCAUUUUGUCCUGAUGCUUUGAAACAUGUGACCAUCAGUCUGUGCUGAAACCUGCAGGUUAUCAGUUAUUGUUUGUGCUGUAGCUCCAUCUUGUGGAUCGAUGCAGUAUUGCAGCUGCCUUCCUUUAAGCAGACAGACUGGAUGUGAAGAGGAAUCCAAUUAGUUUAAGUGUGUUUGUUUUUCAUAUAUGUACAGAACAUUAAUAUUACAUCACAGUGGAAGUUUUAAAUUUGUGUAAUAAAUAAAGUCAUUAUUUUA